AGACAGCUGCUCUUCCACUCUUCUCCUCGGCUCCCCGCCUUCCUCUGAGUGUGGCGAGGGACUGUUCUGUGACAUCAAUACAAGCAAAUGCCGUCGACAGACGUGCGCUAUGUCUCGCGCUUUGGUUUUGGCUCGUAUUGAAGAGUCAAGGCGACAGGGGCAACCUCUGCUGGGUGCUACACCACCUACCUGUGACGCCGACGGUACUUACAGUGCCAAGCAGUGCAAAGAAGCUAGUUGUUUUUGCGUAAACAAGGAUGGAGAUCGUCUUGGGGACUAUUCAGCAAGGUUUUGGGAGGCAAAAGACAUGACGUGUAAUUGUGCACGUGAUGAAGACGAAUACCAAAAGAAAGGUCUCAUUGGAAAGAUGUACAUCUGCAAAGAAAACGGAAACUACGAGAAAUACCAGUGUACCGGAUCCGUCUGUUACUGCGUAGACGAGAAGGGGUCCAAGUUGGAGAGCACUCCUCCCGUAUCCAUCUCCGCCGUGAAAACCCUCAAUUGUUAAAUACUACCAGAC